AUGGAGUCCCAAACCCCAAACGGCCAAGUUUUCCCAGAAGACUACCUAGAAAGCACCAGCUCCACACCCGAUGGCAGGGCGCCAAGACCCGGACCCGGGUUCAUCAAUGGCGGGUUCUUUUACAGUGCACCAGCUAGCCCCAUGCAUUUCGCAAUCACGUCGUCCAGGGUGGUGUCAUCGUCUACAACACAGCCCCCUUCUCCUGAUUUCGAGUUCUCCGCAAGGUUCGGGUCAUCGGAGCCGGGUCAAACGGGAUCCAUGAGUUCGGCCGAUGAGCUUUUCUUGAACGGAAAAAUCAGACCCAUGAAGCUAUCCACUCAUUUGGAAAGGCCUCAGGCAUUAACUCCAUUGAUGGAUCUCGAGCACGAACAGGAAGAAGAAGAAGAUUUAAGGGGCAGAGGUUAUAAGUCUUCAAGUCUAAGGCGAAGAACAAGAUCCAUGUCCCCUUUAAGAACCGACACAAACCAAGAUUUAGGCGGCAAAGCGGAGACCAACAAAGGUGCGGUGAGGAGCUCAAAGAGAUGGGUUUUCCUCAAAGAUUUUCUGAGGACCAAAAGUGAUGGAAGAAGCAACAGCAAUUAUUACAAAUUAUGGUCAACCAUUUCCUUUUAUCCGGCAAAGGGAAAGAAGCCAAAAGCCGGCGGCGGAGAAUCGAAGAAGAAGCCGAUGAAUGGGAUAGGGAAAAGGAGGGUUCCAGUCCCACCAUCGCCACACGAGUUGCUUUAUACUGCAAAUAGAGCACAAGCUCAAGAGUUAAGGAAGAAGACAUAUUUGCCUUACAGGCAAGGCUUGCUUAGCUGCUUGGGCUUCAGUUCAAAGGGUUAUAGCGCCAUGAAUGGCCUUGCCAGAGCUUUGAAUCAAGUUAAUUAACGUCUCUGGGAAAUUGUGAAACUACCAUUUUUUUUAUAAAAU